AUGCCUUCCUCAAAGGCAAUGAUGGCCACGGCUUUGGCAAAGGCUAACACAGCUGUUCAACUCGAUAAUACCCAAUCUCAUGCCUUCGCUCGAAAAUACUAUGAAGAAGCUUGUGUUCUUCUAUCACAGCUCGUCACUAGAGCUUCCAACGAGAAGGACAAAGAGAAACUGAAAGCUAUUCGACAAACCUACCUACAUCGAAUAGAGCAGCUGGGUGGUGUUAAGUUAGAGGAGUGA